CUGGGCCUGACAGCUUCCAAUCCCCUACCAACCCACCGAGUGGUUACCAUGACAACCGGCGACUCAUCUCCAGGCAGUCCCGUCAGCUUCCGGUAGAAGAGCUCAGCCACAUCCCGGCCACCACUGUCCCCGCGGACUGGCCGGGUGGAAGGACAGUUAAGGAGCCGAAGACACAGACUGGCUCUGAGCUCGACUUCCAUACCGCAACUCAAUCCCGCCCCAUAGGCCAAGGAUACAGUCUUUAUAGAUGAGUGGGUCCCCCUUAGAGGACAGGAUGAAGAACUGGGAAAUCAUGGCAGUUCUGGAGAGUAGACUAGAAGACAAAGUUUGGCCUGCCCCGCCUUGCGGCUCUGGAACAAAAGGACGCGCGUGGGCUGGUCCCUUAAGAGCGAUUUUCCUCCGCCUAAGCCAGCUCAGACCGCGGGAAACCCAGCGCCCACUCGGCCCUGUGAGGCUAUUCCUUCCCGACCCGUCCACCGCCUUGCUGUCACUCAUCCCAGGGUCGCCCAGUGAUUGGUCAAGGCUGGAGCCAGAGGAGGGUGGGAGAGGCAGAAAGCAGUCCACUAGGAUUGGCCCGCACGGAGCGUCGCAGGUCACGUGGGGGGCGACGUUUCGCGCCAAUUUCGGUUGGUCAGCCACAGUCCUGCCGCGCGGUCGUUCUCUGCUUCCCCGGAGUGAGAAUCUGAAGCCCGUCAACUGCUGCGGCACAGUCCCCGGCAGCGAUGGCACUUAAGGACUACGCGCUUGAGAAAGAAAAGGUUAAGAAGUUUUUACAAGAGUUUUACCAAGAUGAUGAAUUUGGGAAGAAACAGUUCAAGUAUGGGAACCAGUUGGUUAAGCUGGCUCAUCGGGAACAAGUGGCAUUGUAUGUGGACUUGGAUGAUGUAGCUGAGGAAGAUCCUGAGUUGGUAGACUCUAUUUGUGAGAAUGCCAAGCGCUAUUCGAGGCUCUUUGCUGAUGUUCUACAAGAGCUGCUGCCUCAGUACAAGGAGAGGGAGGUGAUAAAUAAAGAUGUUCUUGAUGUUUAUAUUGAGCACCGACUGAUGAUGGAACAGCGGAGCCGGGAUCCUGGGGCAAUCCGAAGCCCCCAGAACCAAUAUCCUCCUGAGCUCAUGCGCAGAUUUGAGCUGUAUUUUCAAGGUCCAAGUAGCAACAAGCCUCGUGUGAUCCGGGAAGUACGGGCUGACUCUGUGGGGAAACUGGUAACUGUGCGUGGAAUUGUCACUCGUGUCUCUGAAGUCAAACCCAGGAUGGUGGUGGCCACAUACACUUGUGACCAAUGUGGUGCAGAGACCUACCAGCCGAUCCAAUCUCCCACUUUUAUGCCUCUGAUCAUGUGCCCAAGCCAGGAGUGCCAAACCAACCGCUCAGGAGGGCGACUCUAUCUGCAGACACGCGGCUCUAAAUUCAUCAAAUUCCAGGAGAUGAAGAUGCAAGAACAUAGCGACCAAGUGCCUGUGGGCAACAUCCCUCGUAGUGUCACAGUGUUGGUAGAAGGAGAGAACACAAGGAUUGCCCAGCCUGGAGACCAUGUCAGUGUUACUGGUAUCUUCUUGCCAGUCUUGCGCACAGGGUUCCGACAGGUGGUACAGGGUUUACUCUCAGAAACUUACCUGGAAGCCCACCGUAUUGUGAAGAUGAAUAAGAGUGAGGAUGACGAGGCUGGGGCUGGAGAGCUGAGCAGGGAGGAGCUGAGGCAGAUUGCAGAGGAGGAUUUCUAUGAAAAGCUGGCUGCUUCCAUUGCCCCAGAGAUAUAUGGGCACGAAGAUGUAAAGAAGGCUCUGCUGCUGCUGCUGGUGGGCGGCGUGGACCAGUCUCCUCGAGGCAUGAAAAUCCGGGGUAACAUCAACAUCUGCCUGAUGGGGGAUCCUGGUGUGGCCAAGUCUCAGCUCCUGUCUUACAUUGAUCGUCUGGCUCCCCGCAGCCAAUAUACAACAGGCCGGGGCUCCUCUGGAGUGGGGCUUACAGCAGCUGUGCUGAGAGACUCUGUGAGUGGUGAGCUGACCCUAGAGGGUGGAGCUCUUGUGCUGGCUGACCAGGGUGUGUGCUGUAUCGAUGAGUUUGACAAAAUGGCUGAGGCUGACCGUACGGCCAUCCACGAGGUCAUGGAGCAGCAGACCAUCUCUAUUGCCAAAGCAGGCAUUCUCACCACACUUAAUGCCCGGUGCUCCAUCCUGGCUGCUGCCAACCCUGCCUAUGGGCGCUACAACCCCCGUCGCAGUCUGGAGCAGAACAUACAGCUUCCAGCUGCACUGCUUUCCCGAUUCGACCUGCUCUGGCUGAUACAGGACCGACCUGACCGAGACAAUGACCUUCGGUUGGCCCAGCAUAUCACCUAUGUGCAUCAGCAUAGCCGGCAGCCCCCUACCCAGUUUGAACCUUUGGACAUGAAGCUUAUGAGACGCUACGUAGCGAUGUGCCGUGAAAAGCAGCCCACAGUCCCAGAGUCUUUGGCUGACUACAUCACAGCAGCGUAUGUGGAGAUGAGGCGGGAGGCUUGGGCCAGUAAGGACGCCACCUACACUUCUGCCCGGACCCUGCUGGCUAUUCUCCGACUUUCCACUGCUCUGGCACGCCUGCGAAUGGUGGACACAGUGGAGAAGGAAGACGUGAAUGAGGCCAUAAGGCUGAUGGAGAUGUCUAAGGACUCACUUCUAGGCGACAAGGGGCAAACAGCAAGGACCCAGAGGCCAGCGGAUGUGAUAUUUGCCACUAUUCGUGAAUUGGUGUCAGGGGGCCGAAGUGUCCGGUUUUCCGAGGCAGAGCAGCGCUGCAUAUCACGUGGCUUUACACCUGCCCAAUUCCAGGCAGCUCUAGAUGAGUAUGAGGAGUUAAACGUCUGGCAAGUCAAUACUUCGAGGACAAAAAUCACCUUUGUCUGAAUGCAUGCCAACCUGCUCAUUUGAAGGUUUAUGCCUUAAUGGUGCCCUGGAAGGGAAGGAGAUCCCCUUUUUCCCCAUGCUGCACUUAUUUCAUUCCUUUUGCUAAUAAAGUGUGUUGAUUG